GCCGAUCCAAAAAACAAACCGUCAAAAGAGUGACACGUAAGAAUGCAUGUAUGAGUCAGCACUAGUCUCUGUCCUCUAACAUUUUAAUUUCAACGAGAAUAAAGGCCACACCAGAAAAAGCGGGAACACUCUUAUCAGAUUACCAUUCCCUUAACCAUUUCAUUUCAUUUGGCUUCUCUCACACAAAUUUUACAGUUACAAUUACAAUUACAAUUACAAUGAUAAUAAUAAAGGACAGAGAUCCUUCUUCCCCCUCUCUCCAUUAAAUUCAUUCAUUCACAUACAAAUUAUUGUUCAUAAUUCAGUUUUUUGCGGUUAUCUGAAAACAAAGCACAAUGGAACAGAAAGGAAUGCUGAUAUCUGCCUGCGUUGGGGUCGGAGUUGGAGUCGGCCUUGGUUUGGCUUCUGGACAAACCAAAUGGGGGCCUAAUUCUGUCUCCUCAAACGCCAUCACACCCGAGAAAAUUGAACACGAAAUGCUUCGACUUAUUGUUGAUGGUAGAGAAAGCAAUGUCACUUUUGAUAAUUUCCCUUAUUAUCUCAGUGAACAGACACGGGUGCUGCUGACAAGUGCUGCCUAUGUCCAUUUAAAGCAUGCGGAGGUUUCUAAAUAUACACGGAAUCUUGCUCCUGCAAGCCGGACUAUUAUGCUCUCAGGGCCAGCCGAACUUUACCAACAGGUGCUUGCCAAGGCUUUAGCUCACUACUUUGAGGCCAAGUUGCUUCUGUUCGACGUAACUGACUUUUCAUUGAAGAUUCAAAGUAGAUAUGGUUCUUCCAACAUAGAAAAUUCUUUAAAAAGGUCUACUUCAGAGACAACCUUGGCUCGGUUAUCUGACCUAUUCGGGUCAUUUCCAUUCUUUCCACAAAGAGAAGAUAAUAAAGUUGCAGGCAAAUUCCGCAGGCAAAGCAGUGGCGUAGACCUUCGACGAAUGGAAGCGGAAGGAUCUUCUAAUCCUCCUAAGCUUCGUAGGAAUGCAUCAGCCUCUGGAAAUAUUAGCAGUCUUGGUUUGCAAAGCAAUGCUACAAACUCAGCUACUGGGAAGCACAUAGUCAGCUGGUCUUUUGAUGAAAAGCUUCUUAUACAGACUAUUUACAAGGUUUUAGUUUAUGUGUCAAAAACCUAUCCCAUUGUUCUAUACCUGCGGGAUGUUGAUAAGUUGUUGGGUAGAUCACAAAGGAUAGGUAAACUGUUCCAGACAAUGUUAACAAAAUUAUCUGGACAAAUUUUGAUUCUUGGUUCGAGGGUUGUGGAUUCUGGUAAUGACUACAAAGAAGUAGAUGAUAUGCUUACCUCCCUCUUCCCUUACGACAUAGAAAUCAAACCACCAGAAGAUGAAUCCCAUCUAGUCAGCUGGAAGGCUCAAUUUGAAGCGGAUAUGAAGAAGAUACAGAUUCAGGACAACAAGAACCAUAUCAUGGAAGUGCUUGCAGCCAAUGAUCUUGAUUGUCAUGACCUCGAUUCCAUCCGCGUAGAAGACGCAAUGGUUCUCAGUAACUCUAUAGAAGAGGUUGUCGUGUCAGCAAUUUCUUAUCAUUUAAUGAAUAACAAAGAGCCUGAAUACAGAAAUGGGAAACUGGUUAUUCCGUGCAAUAGUUUGUCCCAUGCUCUCGGUAUAUUCCAGGAGGGAAAACUCGGUGGAAGAGAUACAAUGAAAUUAGAAGCUCAAGCAGUAACAGCUGAGAGAGAGGAAGCAGCUGCUGUGAAACCAGAAGGAAAGUCUGAAACUUCUGCUCCUGGUGUAAAGACUGAAGCAGAAAUACCCGCUUCGGUGGCCAAAACUGACGGGGAAAAUUCAGUUCCUGCACCCAAAGUUGAAGUUCCUGAUAAUGAGUUCGAGAAGCGAAUAAGGCCUGAAGUAAUACCAGCAAACGAAAUAGGGGUAACAUUCGCUGAUAUUGGUGCCUUAGAAGAGACUAAAGAGUCACUUCAAGAACUAGUAAUGCUUCCCCUUCGAAGGCCAGACCUUUUUGAUGGAGGCCUUCUAAAGCCUUGUAGAGGAAUAUUGUUAUUUGGGCCACCUGGCACAGGAAAAACAAUGCUGGCAAAGGCCAUUGCAAACGAGGCUGGGGCAAGUUUCAUUAACGUAUCUAUGUCUACCAUCACCUCUAAAUGGUUUGGUGAAGACGAGAAGAAUGUUCGUGCUUUAUUCACACUGGCAGCCAAGGUCUCCCCAACUAUUAUAUUUGUUGAUGAGGUGGAUAGUAUGCUUGGCCAGCGGACAAGAGUUGGGGAACAUGAAGCCAUGCGGAAAAUAAAGAAUGAAUUUAUGACCAAUUGGGAUGGACUUACCUCAAAACCAUCGGACCGCAUCCUUGUCCUCGCAGCAACCAAUAGGCCCUUUGACCUGGAUGAAGCAAUUAUUAGACGAUUUGAAAGGAGGAUUAUGGUUGGGCUACCAUCUGUGGAGAACAGGGAAAAUAUAUUGAGGACCCUUUUGGCUAAAGAGAAGGUGGACGAUGGACUUGAUUUUAAGGAACUUGCAACUAUGACAGAAGGAUACAGUGGAAGUGAUCUAAAGAACAUAUGCACAACUGCUGCUUAUAGACCUGUUAGAGAGUUAAUUCAGCAAGAGAUAAAAAAGGAUACGGAGAAAAAGAAGAGAGAAGCUGAAGGACAAAAUGCUCAGGAUGCGGAAGAAGUUGAGCAGGAAAGAGUCAUUACCCUUAGACCUUUGAAUAUGCAGGACUUCAAAGUGGCAAAGAGUCAGGUUGCCGCAAGCUUUGCAUCUGAGGGAGCUGGAAUGAAUGAGUUGAGGCAAUGGAAUGACUUGUAUGGAGAAGGUGGUUCGAGGAAGAAAGAACAACUAUCUUAUUUCCUAUGAAAAUUAACAAUGAAAGUAUUUAACGAAUUUGCAUUUGCACCCUUCUGGUUUAACUUUGUGAGUGUCUCCUUAUAUGCAUUUUACAUUGAAGAGACCUCCAUAGGACAAUCAGUAGUUUGACAGUGAUAUAUAAUUAUAUGUGUAUAGGUUCCAGUAGUAUUUUUUGGAUUCAUACUUGAGCUCAGAGCACAAGUAUUGCUCGCGUAUGGUAUUUUUGUUCGUAUCCCAUGAACAAAUAACAAUGUUGUAAUUAAUAGUGUAGCUUGUGUUGUAUUAUACCUUAUUAUUAGUACAUAUAGUAAGCCUUUUAAGGAAGAAAUAGCAGUUCCUACUAUGUACAAAAUAUAAAAAACAGGUUUGCUAUUCAAUAUUAAAGUUUUGAUGGGAAAAUUCCAAUUUUCUUUUGUUUACUACUGGUCCAAAUAUCAGUAACCUUUAUCCAAAAUAAUGUUUAAC